CUUCAUCUGCGGCGGCGGCAUCGCGCGCGGCAAGGAGCUGAAGCUACCGGUGAGGCCGGCGGGCCCCGCACAGCCCUUCUUCCCGUUCCUGCAGCAGCAGGAGCCGGCUCCCGGGGCGCGCGGGUUGAGCGCGACCGAUGGCUGCGUGCUGGUGUGCGCUGUGUGCCGCUGCUUCCUGGCCGAGCAGUGGGCCGCCUUCGAGCGCGCGCGCACGCCCGUGGACAAGCGCGUGUACUGGCUUAAGCGGCCGCACCAGUGCGACGCGAGUGCGGGCGGCCGGCGCGGGGCCCGCGAGUGGAACGCCGAGGACGCGCGCGACUCGGAGCUGUCGGAGCUGUCGGACGCAGACGCGCUGCCAGAGCCGGAGCCCGAGCCCGAGGAUGCUCACGACUCCACCAAGCCUGGAGCUCGGCGUCAGCGCACGGGGCCCGGGACGCACUGGGCUCCCGAGCCGCGGGCCAGCGUGCUGAGGGGCAUACAGGAACCCUGGCCUGUCCCCACUGUGCCCGACGGCACGGACAGCGCCGCCCCUAGCCGGACCGCAGGGCCCCCAGAGCGCAGCAGCACCCCAGAGGGCAGCGACGUCGCCGUGAGCCUCGGGGACGAGGGCCUGGAGCGGCCUCCUCGGACACCCGCGGACAACCAGGCCCGCUGCUGCUACGUCUGUGGGUCGGCGCUGUCGCCAGCCUCACAGCAUCAGAUCCACGUGCAGAAGCAAGAGGCCCCCUCACAGGCGCCCUUCUUCCCCUUCCUUUGGCUGCACAGCCCCCCGCCAGGCGCCCAGCCCAUCACAGAGGCGGGCAGCACCCUCGUGUGUCCCUGCUGCUUCUCGUCCCUCACGCACCAGUGGCAGAGCUUCGAGUUGGCCAACGUGCCUGUCCUGCAGCGGCUCUACGUGGUUCCCCUGAACAGCCACGCCCCCGGCAUGGCCUCUAAGGCCCGCAGACUCCCUAGAGACGAGGGGCCCGCCCCCGCUGCCGGCCUGCUGCGGGAGGCCUGUUACCUCUGCGGGGAAGACUGUACCCGGGAUGCCCGGUCAGUGCCCUCCCGCAUCGUCAACGGCAACUCGGGGAGCUCCAUGCACUUCCCCUUUCUCAGCCUUCUGCCUUGCCCACCCAACGCUCGGCCCCCCAACAAGCGCUGUGAGGUUCGCAGCUGCCCCAAGUGCUACAGCGUCCUCGAGGAUGUCUGGGCCCUGUACCGGGCAUCACACAACCGUGAGCUUAUCAGCUCCGUGCAAGGCUUCCUGGGCAGGUACCACCAAGCUUUCUCUGCUUCAGACCCUACUCUGAGCGACCUGCCCGCUUCUGUGCAGGGAGGUCCGCCUGCCGUCUGUUACAUCUGUGGGGCUGAGUUGGGGCCGGGCAAGGAGUUCCAGCUCAGCAUGAACCCCGUUAGCCACCUGGGCGAGAAGGAGCCCUUCUUUCCUUUCCUCACGGUCUAUCCACCCGCCCCACGGGCCAGGCCUGCAGACUCCACCGGCCUGGUGGCCACCUGUGUGCUCUGCUAUCAUGACUUGCUGGGUCAGUGGCUGCAGCAUGAAGCCAGAGGUGCUCACCAGGGUGUCAGCGCCUGGUCUAGGCAGUACCAGGUGGACACAUUCGUGUGCUUCUUCUGUCAGCAAGAGAAGAAACGGUGUCUGGGGCUGAAGUCGGUGAGAGUGGCCAGGCUGCCCUUAUUCCUGUAUACCCUGAGAGCCAGCCACAGUCUGUUGGUGGAUGACGGCCGGCAGCUGAUCAUCGGUGCCUGUGUGGAUUGUGGGACCCUGGUUUGUGCAGGUCAGGGGCUCGUCAAUCCUGCCCCCAUGGGUUGGAGCUCCCCAGCAGCAGGAGUAACAAAGGUCACCUCUGCCCCUCUGGAGACACCUGCAAUUGUCCAUGCUCCUGCAUCAGAGCCUGAGCUACAGCCGGUGCCCCCCACAGAUAGUCUAUCCAGGGGCACCAGGACCACCCAGGAGCUGCGGCCAGUGCCAAGCCAGCAGAGUAGCCGGGACAGCUGGGAUGGAGACGGAGCAGACCUCAUAGCCACAGGCAUGAGCCAUGAGCCCAAGUCCCCUUCAAUAGGGAUGCUUUCCACGGCGACCAGGACCACCGCCACCGUCAACCCCCUCACCCCCUCGCCACUCAAUGGCGCCCUGGUGCCCACCGGUAGCCCGGCCACCAGCAGUACGCUGUCGGCCCAGGCCGCGCCAUCCUCCAGCUUUGCUGCUGCGCUGCGCAAACUCGCCAAACAGGCAGAGGAGCCCAGAGGGUCUUCACUGAGCAGCGAAUCGUCCCCUGUGUCCUCCCCAGCUACCAACCAUAGCUCUCCAGCCAGCACGCCCAAGAGAGUGCCCAUGGGUCCCAUCAUUGUCCCCCCUGGGGGUCACAGUGUCCCCAGCACUCCCCCUGUGGUCACCAUUGCCCCCACCAAAACCGUUAAUGGAGUCUGGAGAAGUGAGAGCCGACAGGACUCUGCCUCACGAGGCAGCAGCAGUGGUCGGGAGCGCCUGCUUGUGGAACCUCCUCUAGCCCAGGAGAAGGCGGCAGGCCCAGCUAUCCCCUCCCACUUGCUCAGCACCCCCUACCCCUUCGGCCUCUCCCCCAGCUCAGUUGUACAGGACUCCCGCUUCCAACCACUCAACCUCCAGCGGCCUGUGCACCACGUGGUGCCCCCAAGCACUGUGACCGAGGACUACCUGAGAAGCUUCCGGCCCUAUCACACCGCCGAGGACCUGCGCAUGUCCUCCCUGCCUCCGCUUGGCCUGGACCCAGCUACCGCUGCUGCCUACUAUCAUCCCAGCUACCUGGCCCCACACCCAUUCCCACACCCGGCCUUCAGGAUGGAUGACUCCUAUUGCCUAUCAGCCUUAAGGUCUCCGUUCUACCCCAUCCCCACCCCCGGUUCCCUGCCUCCACUGCACCCAUCGGCUAUGCACCUGCAUCUCUCUGGGGUCCGCUACCCACCUGAGCUCUCACACUCGUCCCUGGCCGCGCUGCACUCAGAGCGGAUGUCGAGCCUCAGCGCAGAGAGACUGCAAAUGGACGAAGAGCUGCGGAGGGAGAGGGAACGCGAGCGCGAGCGGGAGGCCGACCGAGAAAGGGAGAAGGAACGGGAACGGGAGCGGGAACGAGAGCGAGAACAGCGGGAGAAGGAGCUGGAACGAGAACGGGAGAAGGAGCGCGAGCGGGAACUAGAGCGCCAACGUGAACAGCGGGCAAGGGAGAAGGACCUGCUGGCUGCCAAGGCGCUGGAGCCCACCUUCCUGCCUGUGGCCGAGCUGCAUGGACUGCGGGGCCAUGCCACUGAGGAGCGGCCCAAGCCCUCAGAGCAGCUGACCCCAACCCGAACAGAGAAGCUGAAGGAUGUGGGCUUGCAGGCACCCAAGCCUGUGCAGCAUCCCCUGCACCCAGUGCCUGCCCCGCACCAUACCGUGCCCAGCCUUAUCUCCAGCCACGGCAUCUUCUCUCUACCGGGAAACAGUGCUGCCACAGCCCUGCUGAUCCAGCGCACCAACGAGGAGGAGAAGUGGCUGGCACGCCAGCGGAGGCUGCGGCAAGAGAAGGAAGACCGCCAGUCCCAGGUGUCCGAGUUCCGGCAGCAGGUGCUGGAGCAGCACCUGGACCUGGGCCGGCCCGCGGUGCCCACAGAGGUGGAACACAGGCCUGAGAGCACCAGGCCAGGACCAAACCGGCAUGACCAGAGCAACCGCGAACCCCCACAGCACUUUGGUGGGCCACCACCCCUCAUCUCACCCAAGCCCCAGCACCAUACUGUGCCCACAGCCCUCUGGAACCCAGUGUCUUUGAUGGACAAUGCCCUGGAGACACGGCGGGCUGAGAGCCACUCUCUGCACAGCCACCAGACUGCUUUUGAGCCGAGCCGUCCAGCAGCUGUGCCGCUGGUAAAAGUGGAGCGUGUCUACUGCCCCGAGAAGACAGAGGAGCCCCGGAAGCGUGAGGCCACACCACUGGACAAAUACCAGCCGCCACCGCGGGAGGCAGGAAGUCUGGAGCCUCAGACCUUUCCCCAUGGACCUGGGCCUUUCCUUGCAGAACUGGAGAAAUCAACACAGACCAUCUUGGGCCAGCAACGGCCCUCCCUUUCCCAGGCAACCCCCUUCGGGGAGCUCAGUGGGCCCCUGAAGCCAGGCUCGCCCUACUGCCACCCCACACCGCGGGGCCCUGACCCAGCAUACAUCUAUGACGAGUUUCUUCAGCAACGCCGGAGACUGGUCAGCAAGCUGGACCUUGAGGAACGCAGGCGGCGCGAAGCUCAGGAGAAAGGGUACUACUAUGACCUCGAUGACUCUUAUGAUGAGAGCGAUGAGGAGGAGGUCAGGGCACACCUCCGCUGCGUGGCUGAGCAGCCACCCCUCAAACUGGAUACAUCCUCUGAGAAGUUAGAGUUUUUGCAACUUUUUGGCUUAACCACCCAGCAGCAGAAGGAGGAGCUGGUAGCACAGAAGCGCCGGAAGCGGAGGCGGAUGCUGAGAGAGAGAAGCCCAUCUCCACCUGCGGUUCAGAGCAAGCGGCAGACGCCUUCCCCCAGGCUGGCUCUGUCCACUCGCUACAGCCCCGACGAGAUGAACAACAGCCCUAACUUUGAGGAGAAGAGGAAGUUCCUGACCUUCUUCAACCUGACACACAUCAGUGCAGAGAAGAGGAAAGACAAAGAGAGGCUUGUUGAGAUGCUCCGUGCAAUCAAGCAGAGGGCACUGUCCGCAGCAGUGGCAGACUCAGUGACAAACUCUGCGAGGGACAGUCCUACCAUCUCCUUGAGUGAACCAGCCACACAGCCAGCUCCUCUGGAAACAGAUCAGCCUGCCGGGGUCCCUGCCUCCGUGUCAGACGCCCCAAAGGCCGCGGAGACUGGGAGACUGGAACAGCUCCGGCCCCAGGAGCUCUUGAGAGUCCAGGAGCCAGCUCCUAGCAGCGGUGAGAAGGCCAGGCUGAAUGAGGCCCCUGGGGGCAAGAAGAGCCUGAGCAUGCUUCAUUAUCUCCGGGGCGCUGCGCCCAAGGACAUUCCUGUGCCAUUGUCCCACAGCAUCAACGGGAAGAGCAAGCCUUGGGAGCCCUUCAUGGCAGAAGAGUUUGCACACCAGUUCCACGAGUCCGUACUGCAGUCCACACAGAAGGCGCUGCAGAAGCAUAAAGGGAGCUCAGCUGUGCUGUCUGCAGAGCAGAACCACAAGGUCGACACGGCAGUCCACUACAACAUUCCUGAGCUGCAGUCCUCCAGCCGGGUCCCCUUGCCCCAGCACAAUGGACAGCAGGAGCCCCCAGCUGGGAGGAAGGGCCCCCCUAUGCAGGAGGUGGACCAGGACUCUGAGGACGACAUUGAAGAUGACAGUGACGAGGAAGCGGAGGAAGCCCCCAGGCGCCAGUGGCAAGGGAUUGAGGCAAUCUUUGAAGCUUACCAGGAACACAUAGAAGAGCAAAACCUGGAGCGGCAGGUGUUGCAGACACAGUGCCGGCGGCUGGAGGCCCAGAAUUACAGCCUCAGCCUGACUGCUGAGCAGCUCUCACACAGCAUGGCGGAGCUUCGGAGUCAGAAACAGAAGAUGGUCUCGGAGCGGGAGCGGCUCCAGGCGGAGCUGGACCACUUACGGAAGUGCCUUGCCUUGCCCACCAUGCACUGGCCUAGGGGCUACUUUAAGGGAUAUCCGAGGUGACGAUUUCCCUUGCACUAGGCCGAACCUAUAGCAUAGAAAUAUUAUCUAUUUUAUUACCUUGAAUAUUUAAUAUUUUUCACUGGGAGGUUUGAAGCUUACAAAUUGAGAACGUGCCAUGCAUGAAGCGAAGAAUUCCAGGCUCCAGCGAGGACGUCACCUUGACUCCAGUGUGAUCGAGUCACCCUGUCUCAGCUAAGACUCAGUUUCUCUUUCUGAUGGCGGUUUAUUCCUUCUCCCCCCACAUUCUUUGUAUCCAGUACUGAUGCCCACCAUGCAUGUGGCUGAGGGAGAGCCAGUUGGUUGUUUCUGGUGUUGCUGGGCCAAGAGCCCAGCUUGCUCUUGCUACGGCCCUGGGAGUGUUAACCCCUUCCUCCCAGGAGGAAGACUAACUUGCGCUGAGAAGGCUGGGUGUACACAAGCAAAGGGCUCACGAUCAGUCACCUUCCUGCGCCAUCGUCAAAGCCACAGGUCCCAGGAGCAUGCAAGCCAGUCAAGGCUUCAACCUGGAACAGCUCUUAGGAAAAAGAGGCAAACCCACACCCGAAGGUACCUUGUUUUCCUUGGGGAAGACGGGUGGAGCUGUCCACUGAUAGCCCACCGACUGGAUUGCUACCGCUGUGUGUGGCGUUUUCAUACAAACAUGUUUUGAGAGAAAAGUCAAAGGUGCUUCAGCCUUGUACUGUGUAUAUAUUAAAAAAAAAGUUUUGUAUGUUUUUAUUACUUUAAUUAUUGUUAUAAAAAGCCUGCCAUUUUUAAUAUGUGGUUUGGGGAAUUUUGUUUGUUUUUCCUGUU